AUGUUUCGUGCUUGCUCCUCCCUUAAAGGUGCUAGAUUUUAUUCUUCACUGACGGUUAAAUCAUUGUACGAGCAUGUACAUCGUACCAGCCAUGAAAACAUUUCAAUUAAUGGAUGGAUCAAAUCUAUAAGGCUAUUAAAACGUAUAGCGUUUUUGGACUUGCAGGAUGGGACUUCCGUAAACCCGUUAAGAAUAGCAGUUCCGCUGACAAAUAAUGAUGAAGUACAGUUUUUAAAGAAUUUGAAAACAGGUCAAACUUUAUCUAUUUCUAAUGCUACUUGGCAAAAUACCCCUAACAGAAAACAGCCUUUUGAAUUGCAAAUCAAAAACCCUGUUGAGUCAAUUAAAAUUGUAGGCCCCGUUUCAGAAAGCUAUCCAUUACAGAAAAAGUUUCAAACGUUACGUUACUUGAGGUCCUUACCUACACUAAAAUACAGAACCGCUUACCUAAGUGCAAUUCUACGGUUAAGAUCAUUUAUAGAGUUACAGUUUAUGCUAUAUUUCCAAAAAAACCACUUCACCAAGGUUUCACCACCAAUAUUAACUUCAAACGAUUGUGAAGGGGCCGGUGAGUUGUUUCAAGUUUCCACUAAUAUGUCGUCCACCGCAUCUUCGUACUUUGGGAAGCCGACUUAUUUGACCGUGUCCACUCAGUUGCAUCUGGAAAUUUUGGCUUUAUCGUUAUCAAGAUGUUGGACUCUUUCUCCUUGCUUUAGAGCCGAAAAGAGUGACACCCCAAGGCACCUUUCGGAGUUUUGGAUGCUUGAAGUAGAAAUGUGCUUUGUUAAUAGCAUCGACGAGUUAACAUCCUUUGUUGAAACCACAAUGAAGCACGUAGUUAAAGCUUGUAUAGAUAACCAACAAGAACUCUUGCCAAGGCAAUUUGUCUCUUCGCAAGAAGAUAGCGCAUCAUCAGAUUUAUCAGUAAAUCAGGAGACACAACAAAUUAAAACACGAUGGGAAAAUCUAAUGAACGAGAAAUGGCACAGCAUAACAUAUACCAACGCCAUUGAAAUUCUCAAGAAACGCCACAAUAAAAUUUUACACUUCAAGUACGAACCUAAAUGGGGACAACCUUUGCAAACUGAACAUGAAAAAUUUUUAGCCGGCGAAUAUUUCAAAUCUCCAGUUUUCGUUACUGACUAUCCACGUAUUUGCAAAGCAUUUUACAUGAAACAGAACUCCACUCCUGACGAUACUGUCGCAUGCUUUGAUCUGCUGGUUCCGGGAAUGGGUGAAAUAAUUGGUGGAAGUUUAAGGGAAGAUAACUAUGACAAGUUGUGCAAAGAGAUGAAAGCACGCGGGAUGAAUAAAUCUGGGGAAUUGGAUUGGUACAUUUCUUUAAGAGAAGAAGGCAGUGCGCCACACGGAGGAUUUGGUUUAGGGUUUGAGAGAUUUGUCUCGUACUUAUACGGAAACCACAAUAUAAGGGAUGCCAUACCCUUCUAUAGAACAUCUGCAGGAUCCAUCGAUUUUUAA